AUGGAGGAGGGCGGGGUCGACAGCACCAGCGAGGUCAGCAAGGGCGUCUGCAAAGAUCCCGUGUUCGGCGAGCUCAACAUCAAGUUCCGGGAGCUGGCAGCAGAGGUCCACGAGGAGGGCAAAGGUGGUCACAGCCCCGCAGCAAAGUCCCGGCCCAUAUCCGGGUUUAGCACCCGCACCACGCCGACCCACCAGCCAUCUUCCGCCACACGCCCUGCCGAUCUGUAUGUCGACGCCGCCUCGUCCGCGCUGGGUCACCUGGCCGCGCCCCUCGGGCUGGCUGCUGGCGCACUACGCGGCGGUGCUGAGCAGCCCAGAUAUCUCAACACCGGGACGAGGGGCGCGGCCAUUGCUGAUAGGCGGGCGUCUGCCACCUGGGUUACGUGAGCGACGCACCGCUAAUGCCGGAGCUUGCGGGCGCCGACAUCCCGUGGCAGCCGGCUCUGUUGGAGUUGGUCGGGGAGCCCGGGCC